AUGCCGGAUAACAUGCUCGUGCAGUCUCUGAAAUUGCCACACGAGGUGGGUCUGAGCCCCUGCCAAGCGAAGGUGAAAGACUUCCAGGAACGACUGUCUAGGCUGGAGUCGACGUUGAGCCACACCGUGGCACAGCACAAGCUGAGCGUUGAGACCACGAAGGAAGAGACCACAAGCAAAACACAGGAAGGCGGCGAAGGUGGUGCCAGCGAAGGCACCGACACCCAGAACGGAGGUGCCGCAGCCACCGCGACAGCCACCCCUGCCGCAGCGCCUCUUGCAGUGGAUCCCCCCCCAGCUGCCCCACCGGCGCCCCCCGUCGCACCGCCUGAGAUACCAUCCCUUCAGCCUGCAGCAGCAGUGGGGCAUGCAGUGCAGAAGGAGGAUUCCCAGAUGCAAAUAGACGAGCCUGCACAAGCUGGCAAGCCUCAAGAAGCUUGCGCUCCCCCUGAAGGUGACAAGAGCGGGGCCUGA